AGUUAGUCGCCUCCCCCUCAUCAUGUGUGAACAGCUUAGUCUAUGGAGGGAUGUAACUGCCAACCACUGUAUAAAAGGCCAGCGCAACGCCACACUAGGCAUUCUCUGUAAGCAGUGAACAUCACUAGAAUUGAUCCUGCUGUCUAAGCUGUAGCAACUUAAACAUUAAGAAGGUAUCAUAUUAAGAUGGGCAACUUUACUACGUGGGUGCUCUGUGCCAUGCUAAUAGUCCUGGUGGAAGGAUUUACUCAUGAAGAUAUGAAAGAUGCCAUGCUAAAGAAGUUGGGGCUAAAUGAGGUGCCCAAAAUCCAGAAGAGGGACUUGGAGAAUUUGGUCAUCCCUGCACACAUCAAGAACAAGUACAUGUCUAUGCUCAACCUUCACAAUGCGAGGAAGAGGCGAUCCCUGCCUAGUCUGGCUGGGAUCUUAAGAGGUAUCCCGGGAAAUGCAGAUAUAUCUGGAGAAAUUCUGUAUUCAGACACCACCCGCCAGAGAAUGGUUUUUGAUAUGGAAGCCAGAAUCCCAGAAAACAGCGAAGUCACAAUGGCAGAACUCAAACUGUUCAAGAAAGCACCCAAAAAGCUCCCUUUGCCUGACAAAAGGAGCCACAGGCCUGUCAAUAAUGCUAGAGUCAGUGUCUACUGGGUUGAAAUUCUGGCAGAUGGAUCCAACAGAACUUCAUUGGUGGACUCUAGGUUGGUGCCCAUUCAUGAAACUGGCUGGAAAAGCUUUGAUGUAACACAAGGUGUCCAAUACUGGCUUAAAACCAACAGACAGGCCCCCAUGCACUUAGAGAUCUGGAUUGAAGGAGAGAGGCCGGGAAGUUAUGCUGCUGAGAUGGCCAAAUGCGUACAAUUCACAUCUCAAGGCACUUCAGGCAGAACUUUGGGGAAACCUGAACUGGUCCUCUACACCUUGAAUCUUGAAGAGUUCGGUUCUCGUGGUGACUGUGAAGAAAGCACUGCAAAGAAAAACAACAUCUGCUGCAGAGAGGAAUAUUUCAUUAACUUCAGGGAGCUCACCUGGACUCAAUAUUGGAUCAUCGAGCCAGCCGGUUACCAGGCAUUCCGCUGCGCAGGAGGGUGCAAACAGCUAAAGAAUCCACUUCGUCACUAUGGCUACGGAGAACGGACUUGUGCUGUUGUUGAAAGCACCCCGCUGCCCAUGAUGUACCUGGUGAAAAAAGGAGAAUACACCGAAAUUGAAGUAGCAGAAUUCCCUAAUAUGAUUGUCGAAAAGUGUGGCUGUACGAUGGACAACAUAUCAGUUGUUUAAAAACAGAUAUGACUGCAUGCAAAACCAUCAAUGAAAGCCUUAGUACUUCAUCUUACAAUUUGUUAGAACAUCUUUAUUUGUUUUUAUUUUUUUUGCAUCUGCAGUCAUAUUGUAUGUUAUUCAUUCACAAACCACACUUUUAUAAGCACUUAAAUGUAUAUAUUGUAGCUUAAAAUUGUAUAUGUUUGCAUUCAAUAUGACCCCCUCUGCUUUGUGGAAAGAUGGUUUUCCCAAGAAAAGAUCCAGAGAGAUAUAUUUUUGGGUUGCAUUAAUGCAUAGUAAGAUAUUCUCCUAUGUUGUAUAUUGUCUAAUAUUAGUAAACCAGUAGAAUUACUAAUAAAAUUAUUUACAUUCAA